CACGGGCAUGGCAGACGCCAAGCCGCGACGCCGGCGGGAGCGCCACCUCACCUCGGCGCAGAAGGAGCUGAGCCGCCGCCGGUCGCGCGUCUACUACCUCAAGCACAAGGACCGAGUCCUCGCCAAGUCCAAGGCGCGCUAUAGCACCAACGUCGCAGAAGAGCGCGCGCGCCGCCGCGAUAUGUACGCCAAGAAGCAAGCGGCCAAGGAAGCCGAGAACGGCGUGGUGACGCCGGCGUCAUCAUCUCCGGCAAAGCCACGGGCGGAGAACGCGCUCUCACUUCGUUUUAUUCUAAAUUAGCUAGUCCUUGUCCUUAGUUGGCGUCGUCAUUGUGUUUUGUAAAACGAACAUCGUUGCAUCCUGCCAAAGCAUC